AUGGAGGUGAUUAAGGAGGAGCCUACUGUGGAGGAGGAAGUUUCACACGAGGAGGAAGAGGGAGAGACCCGUUGUGUCUGUGGCGAGAUAGAUCCGCCGGAUGACUCCGGACUGUAUAUCCAGUGUGAACAAUGUUCUGUAUGGCAGCAUGGAUCAUGCGUUGGGAUUGCUGAUGGUGAGGAUAGCCAUGUAGAAAAGUACUGGUGUGAACAGUGUAAGCCGGAGUUGCAUCAUUUGUAUACGGUUGACACCACUGGAGCGACAAGGUCAAUCUAUAGGCCCGUUGCAGAGAGAAGGAGGUUGAGCAGGAGGAGUAAUCGACAUGCAGAGCCUGAAUCGGAGGCACCUGAGCUGGGGAAGAAGUCCGAUGACGAUACAAUGCUGGGUUCUUCAUCAUCAUCGGGUAGAGCGCGCGGGUCACGUGGCCAUCAGUCUGAACCAGAUGAGAAGGGUCCUGAAGGUAUUAAGCAAGCUCAGGACCAGAAUGGGGCUGGUGAAGUUCAAGCGGAUGUUUCCGCGAGUACGGAGGAUGGCGAUAGACGACUACAGGAUAGAAAAAGAGCCACUUUCUCUGCGAGAGAGGAAAAACAGUACCAAUUGAUGUUGGAAAAAGCUAUACGUGAGAGUCGGCGAACCUCUCAGCAGGACGAUGAAGCAGGCGAGGGUUCAAAUGUUCGUGUUGAUGAUUCAGCGGGUCAAUUGGAGACCAAGGAAAGUCCUGUGGAACAGGAAACAACCGCACCAGGAUCGAUUGAUGUAUCUGCGGACAACAAUAAAGUUAGCGUCACGAACUCGGUCAAUGCUGCCUCUCCAUCACCUUUGCCACAUAAACAGACACCACCGUCCACUUCAAGAUCUUCGAAUUCGACGUCGGAGGAAGACACAAAGAAACGUCCAGGGUCCAGGCGAUCCCAAAGGGUAGGCAAGACGUCUAAGAAGGUAAACAAAAAUGGUUCAGAGGGCACUCCGCGUACAAAAGGUAGUGUAGCUAACAACAAGGGAGAAAUUGGCAUAAAUAAACCCAUGAAGGCAAGAAUACCGCCUCAGAGAACCUCUUUGAAUGAAAUGAGGCGAAGGGUAUCGGCUAUCCUCGAGUUUAUUUCGCGAACCCAAUGGGAGUUGAGUGAAAGUCACUCUUCAAAGGAGGAGUUGGUUAGAUUUGUAGAAAAUCAGCAGUUUGUUGACCAAGUUGACUCGAUCUUUCAAAAAUACGACCACAGCUUUAAAUUGAUGGAUGACCUUACGAGAUCCCUGCUUUUGUGGGAGAAGAAGUAUUCGACCACGUCAAGUACUCAGGAAUAA